GUUCACUCUAUCUCUAGAGCGGGAGCCAGACGCCGACCCAAGCGGAAGUGACGUUAGGUGUCCGCCGGAGGUGUCGUUGGUGUGUUGCGCGACUGGCCUUGAGGGAGAACUGGUGCCUGCUCCCGGAGAGAUACAGCUAUGUCGAUCGAAAUCGAAUCUUCGGAUGUGAUCCGCCUUAUUAUGCAGUACUUGAAGGAGAACAGUUUACAUCGGGCGUUAGCCACCUUGCAGGAGGAGACUACUGUGUCUCUGAAUACUGUGGACAGCAUUGAGAGUUUUGUGGCUGACAUUAACAGUGGCCAUUGGGAUACUGUGUUGCAGGCUAUACAGUCUCUGAAAUUGCCAGACAAAACCCUCAUUGACCUCUAUGAACAGGUUGUUCUGGAAUUGAUAGAGCUCCGUGAAUUGGGUGCUGCCAGGUCACUUUUGAGACAGACUGAUCCCAUGAUCAUGUUAAAACAAACACAGCCAGAGCGAUAUAUUCAUCUGGAGAACCUUUUGGCCAGGUCUUACUUUGAUCCUCGUGAGGCAUACCCAGAUGGAAGUAGCAAAGAAAAGAGAAGAGCAGCAAUUGCCCAGGCCUUAGCUGGCGAAGUCAGUGUGGUGCCUCCAUCUCGUCUCAUGGCAUUGCUGGGACAGGCACUGAAGUGGCAGCAGCAUCAGGGAUUGCUUCCUCCUGGUAUGACCAUAGAUUUGUUUCGAGGCAAGGCAGCUGUCAAAGAUGUGGAAGAAGAAAAGUUUCCUACACAACUGAGCAGGCAUAUUAAGUUUGGUCAGAAAUCACAUGUGGAGUGUGCUCGAUUUUCUCCAGAUGGUCAGUAUUUGGUCACUGGGUCUGUUGAUGGAUUCAUUGAAGUAUGGAACUUUACUACUGGAAAAAUCAGAAAGGAUCUUAAGUACCAGGCCCAAGAUAACUUUAUGAUGAUGGAUGAUGCUGUCCUCUGCAUGUGUUUCAGCAGAGAUACAGAAAUGUUAGCAACUGGGGCCCAAGAUGGAAAAAUCAAGGUGUGGAAGAUUCAGAGUGGACAAUGUUUAAGGAGAUUUGAGAGGGCACACAGUAAGGGUGUCACCUGUCUAAGCUUUUCUAAGGAUAGCAGUCAGAUCCUUAGUGCUUCUUUUGACCAGACAAUUAGAAUUCAUGGUUUAAAAUCUGGGAAAACCCUGAAGGAAUUUCGUGGCCAUUCCUCCUUUGUUAACGAAGCAACAUUUACACAAGAUGGACAUUACAUUAUUAGUGCAUCCUCUGAUGGCACUGUAAAGAUCUGGAAUAUGAAGACCACAGAAUGUUCAAAUACCUUUAAAUCCCUGGGCAGCACCGCAGGGACAGAUAUUACCGUCAACAGUGUGAUUCUACUUCCUAAAAACCCCGAGCACUUUGUGGUGUGCAACAGAUCAAACACGGUGGUCAUCAUGAACAUGCAGGGGCAGAUUGUCAGAAGCUUCAGUUCUGGUAAAAGAGAAGGUGGGGACUUUGUUUGCUGUGCCCUCUCUCCCCGUGGUGAAUGGAUCUACUGUGUAGGGGAGGACUUUGUGCUCUACUGUUUCAGUACAGUCACUGGCAAACUGGAGAGAACUUUGACAGUGCACGAGAAGGAUGUGAUUGGUAUUGCACAUCACCCUCAUCAGAACCUGAUUGCUACCUACAGUGAAGAUGGACUCCUAAAGCUCUGGAAACCAUAAUUCAACUUUUCUUCUUAAAUCAGCUUGAAAGCACGUACUUAAAUGAAGGCAUAUUCAUGUAAUGUGCUUUUUUUUUUUUUUUUUUUUUUUGCCAGCUUUUCUAAGCAAAUAGAUUGUCUGAAUUAGUCACAGAAUAAUUUUGUGAAAAUUCAUGUUUAAGUAGCAACUACCCUUUCUUUUUUUAUAUAUUUUUAAGGUAUUAGUUUAUCUUCUUCUAACUGGUGCAGUCACUUAAUGUUUUCAUUAAUCUUCGACCUGGAGAGUGAAAUACUGAUAUUUCUAGAAAAAAAUUCUACUCCUUUGAUUAUUUGAAAUGCUGAGGAAAAUGUCCCUCCCAUAGUAAAACUUGUAAAUAAGGAACUAUAUCAUAUUCAGUAGCUGUGUUCUGUUCCAUCUUUUUUUUUUUUUUUGAGAUGGAGUUUUGCUUGUUGCCCAGGCUGGAGUGCAGCGGCACGAUCUUGGUUCACUGCAACCUCCGCCUCCCAGGUUCAAGCGAUUCUCUUGCCUCAGCCUCCUGAGUAGCUGGGGACUACAGGUGUGCGACACCAUGCCUGGCUAAUUUUUUUGUAUUUUUAGUAGAGAUGGGGUUUCACCAUGUUGGCCAGGCUGGUCUCAAACUCCUGACCUCAGAGGAUCCACCCGCCUUGGCCUCCCAAAGUGCUGGGAUCACAGGCGUGAGCCACCAUGCCCGGCCCAUCUUUUUUUUUUUUUUUUUUAAAGAUGUUAAUAAACUUUAUACCUUUCUGGAGACUUUGUUCUAAAACGUACAUAAAUGCUCAUCUAGUUAACAUAUUUACUUAGAAUGUGGGAGGAGGAGUGACAUUAUUAUCCCUGAAUCUCAAGUACAGCAGAAGUGAAUUCCUGGGAUAGUAGGAUAGACUAACAUGUAAAAAGGCCAGGUGAUGCAUAGGUUCUCAUUUCACUGCCCUCAGCCUUCCUCUCCUUCUGAGCUGUGCCUUCUCACAUGUUCAGUCAACUCCAGGGAAUAUUGUCUCCAUCUUCUGGAUAGAACUAGUUGCAGGAUCCGUUACAAGAAUUCAGAGUUUUGGCAUCUCCCCUUUGUAUGUUGUAGGAGAAGGUUUGGCAUUGAAAAUGUGCUGUUGUUCCAAAGAAAAAUUAGCAAAGGACUUGAGAUUUAGAAAAGUCUCCUUUGUAAUGUGCAUCAUUACCAGUUAUCUAAAGAAAAACAUGUAAAAGCCAACAAAACCCUUGAAAAUAUUUUGCAUAUGGAUGUCUGUUUCACGUUUCAACUGAAGAUGUAUAGAGCACCUCUGAUGAUGAGGAAGAUACCAUGCUAGGCAGUACUUUCAAGAACGUGAGUUCUUAUUUCUGCAGGCCUUUUGUGCCCCCUUUUAAAUGUUAGCAUUUAUUAGGUACAAACUAGUGGGGAAGGUUUUUUUAAAAAGUUUUGUAGUCUUGUAAUUUACCUUUUCAAAAAAUUUAUUUUAUUUUUCUGAGAUGGAGUCUUGCUCUGUUGCCCAGGCUGGAGUGCAGUGGUGCCAUCUCAGCUAACUGCAACUUCCACUUCCCAGGUUCAAGCGAUUCUCCUGCCUUAGCCUCCCAAGUAGCUGGGACUACAGGCGCAUGCCAGCAUGCCUGGCUAAUUUUUGUAUUUUUAGUAGAGGGGGGGUUUCGCCAUGUUGGCCAGGCUGGUCUUGAACUCCUGACCUCAGGUGAUCCGCCUGUCCUGGCCUCCCAAAGUGCUGGGAUUACAGGCAUGAGCCACUGCGCCCAGCCUUGUAAUUUACCUUUGAUGGUGACCUGAAAUGCAGUAUGAUCCUAUAUGUGGCACGUAGUAAUGUUCAGUGUUUGCUGAAUUAAUUCUGGGCAGCACUAAGAAAUCCCUCUUUCCCAGUCAUAUUCUAUAACACAUUUCCCAUUUGCCACAAAACCUGCAGCUUUUUGGUCCAGGUAAUGACAUUUGCUGCCAUUUUGAUUAUUUAAAAAUGGUCGUGGGAGUUGAACAUAGUCAUGAAUUCAGGAUUCCUGAGCAUGUAGACAGUCAUCCCAGUGGAAAGACACGUUCACUUAAGAGAAGUUUAAGUUAGAGGAAACAGUUUAUGCUAAAAAAAUUUUUAGAAAAGUCCUUGAGAAUUUUUGAUUUAGUCUUGACCUCAUGAAGCUGGUAGUUAUGAUGUGCAUAGUUCGUACCACCGUUUAUGAAGAUGGAGAAUCUAGUCAGCACGUGUUGGUUUAUUCUAGGAAUUUUUAUGGAACACUUCUGUUGCUGGCACCAGGUGCUGAAUAUGGUUAAAAAAAGACUCGUUUCUGCCUAAACAUAGGGAAGAAGAGCAAAUUAAAAGGAGUAAUUAAAACUGAUAAAA